AAUCCAAAAUCACGCUGUCAGUUUAUCCAAGUUAUCCUUCACUCUUUGUAGGAAUUGUGUCGUGUUGUUAACGAGUAAAUCACGUUCUUUGGGCUAUCUGUUGCGCCUGUGUCCUUCCUGAGAACCCGGAUGUGUCUGUUUCCUCAUUUGCUCAGGGCUUGUCCAGCUCCUUCUGUGUCCCCACUAUGGCGGCCAUCAACCCAUGGGCUUCCUGGGGUACCUUUACAGAGCAGAGCUGGGGCAUGGCAGCUGCUGACCCGUGGGCCUCCUGGGCGCUGUGUCCGCAGGACUCCGCCUGGCCUAUGGAGGGGAGCCAUGGGGAGGAGCGGAUGGCUGCCAGGCUCCCAGCAGCCCCUGUCCAGGAACCAGUAACCUUCAAGGAUGUGGCGGUGGACUUCACUCAAGAAGAGUGGGGGCAGUUGGACCUUGUGCAGAGGACUUUGUACCGCGACGUGAUGCUGGAGACCUAUGGCCAUCUGCUAUCUGUGGGAAGCCAGAUCACCAAGCCCGAGGUCAUCUCACUGUUGGAACAAGGAGAGGAGCCCUGGUGCGUGGAACAUGCACACUCUCAAAGCGCUUGUCCAGAAUGGAUGAAAAUUCUUGAAAGCAAAGCAUUGAUCCCAAAACAAAGCAUAUUUGAGGAGGAAAAAUCCCAUGGCGUGAGGUUGGAAAGAUACAUAUGGGAAGAUCCUUGGUUCUCGAGGGUAGAAGUUUUAGGGUGUAAAGACCAAUUAGAAAUGUACCACAUGAAUCAAAGUACAGCUAUGAGGCAAAUGUUCUUCAUGCAAAAGCAAGUAUACUCUCAGAGAGGCUCUGAGUUCUGUGAACUUGGGACAGAAGAUAGCCAGAGCUUUAACUUAGUUCCUUCACAGAGAGUUUCUCAAGUAGAACAUUUCUCUAAGCCUGAAAUGCAGGCUGAAGGCUGGAAAUGUAACUCAGCCGUAAUGUAUACAGACAAAAUUACCUGUGAAAACAACUAUGACAAAGCUUUCUACCAGUCCAUUCAACCCAUUCACCCUACAAGAAUGCAAGCUGCAGAUAAUCUUUUCAAAUAUACUGAUGCUGUUAAAUCUUUCAAUCAUAUAAUACGUUUUGGUGAUCAUAAAGGGAUGCACACAGGAGAAAAUCUCUAUGAAUAUAAGGAAUGCCAUCAAAUCUUUAACCAGAGUCCACCAUUUAAUGAACAUCCAAGAUUUCAUAUUGAAGAAAACCAGUAUGAUUACAAAGAGUAUGAGAAUAUCUUUUACUUUUCAUCUUUCAUGGAACAUCAGAAAAUCAGUACUGUAGAAAAAGCAUAUACAUACAAUGAGUGGGAAAAAGUCUUUGGGUACGACUCAUUCGUUACUCAACAUGGGAGCACUUACACUUCCGAGAAGCCCUAUGAAUACAAUGAGUGUGGGACAUCUUUCAUCUGGAGCUCUUACCUUAUUCAACACAAGAAAACUCAUACUGGAGAGAAACCCUAUGAAUGUGAUAAAUGUGCGAAGGUUUUUAGGAACCGUUCAGCUCUUACUAAACAUGAGCGGACUCACACUGGAAUAAAACCCUAUGAAUGUAACAAAUGCGGAAAAGCCUUCAGCUGGAAUUCUCAUCUUAUUGUACACAAGAGAAUUCAUACAGGAGAAAAACCAUAUGUAUGUAAUGAGUGUGGGAAAUCUUUCAAUUGGAAUUCCCAUCUUAUUGGACAUCAGAGAACUCAUACUGGAGAGAAACCUUUUGAGUGUACUGAAUGUGGGAAGUCUUUCAGCUGGAGCUCUCAUCUCAUUGCCCAUAUGAGGAUGCAUACUGGAGAGAAGCCCUUCAAAUGUGAUGAAUGUGAAAAAGCCUUCAGGGAUUACUCAGCUCUUAGUAAACAUGAAAGAACUCACUCUGGGGCAAAACCCUAUAAGUGCACAGAAUGUGGCAAAUCAUUCAGCUGGAGCUCUCAUCUUAUUGCCCAUCAGAGAACUCACACAGGAGAAAAACCGUAUAACUGUCAGGAAUGUGGCAAAGCAUUUAGAGAACGCUCGGCCCUUACUAAACAUGAAAUCAUUCAUUCUGGAAUUAAACCCUAUGAAUGUAAUAAAUGUGGAAAAUCUUGCAGCCAGAUGGCUCACCUUGUUAGGCAUCAAAGAACUCAUACUGGAGAAAAACCCUAUGAAUGCAACAAGUGUGGGAAGUCCUUCAGUCAGAGCUGCCACCUUGUUGCUCACCGUAGAAUUCACACGGGUGAGAAGCCCUAUAAGUGUAAUCAGUGUGAAAGAUCCUUUAACUGUAGCUCUCACCUUAUUGCGCACCGGAGAACUCAUACUGGUGAGAAACCAUACAGGUGUAAUGAAUGUGGGAAAGCGUUUAAUGAGAGUUCUUCCUUAAUUGUACACUUGAGAAACCAUACUGGAGAGAAGCCCUACAAAUGUAAUCAUUGUGAGAAAGCCUUCUGUAAGAAUUCUUCCCUCAUUAUUCACCAGAGAAUGCAUAGUGGAGAGAAACGCUUUAUAUGCAGUGAAUGUGGCAAAUCCUUUAGUGGCCACUCAGCCCUACUUCAGCACCAGAGAAAUCACAGCGAAGAAAAGUUGAGUUGAAAAGUUUUUCCUUUACUGUACAUUUGAUAACACAUUGGGGGAAAAAACUUGUAAGUAUAAUGAAGCAAGGAAAUUUUUCACAGAGUUUAGUAAGACUUGUUCCCAUAUUUGGUAGAAAAUAUCUUAGAAGAAACUUUAUGAAUGAAAAGAAUGAGAAGUGCUUGCUUCAGCAGCACAUAUACUAAAAUUGGAAA